AUGAAGCUCCUCACCAAGGAAGAAGAAGAUGCUCACUACAGAGCAGUCCUAAAAGGCGGUUCAAUCGGUACCGUCCUCGGUUUAAUAGGCGGUUACGCCGGAGUCAUGGCCGCGUCCCGCCGCUACCACACAAUCCGGAACCUCACACUCCCUAUGAAAGCCUUCCUGGUGACCUCCUCCGGAACCUUCGUGGGCAUCAUCGCGGCCGACAACUCAUCCCGGAACUUCGAAGCCGAGCGCAACGCCGACCAGCAAUGGUACCAGAACCGCGAGCAGCGAUUGCGGGAGGAGUCGCUGCAGGGGAUGAGUUUCAUGGAGCGGUCGUUGGCGUGGGCCCGGAAGGAGAAAUAUACGAUUGUCACGGCGACGUGGGUGGCGUCGAUGAUUGGGAGUUUUGUCCUUGUGGGACGUAACCCGUAUCUCAGUGGACAGCAGAAGAUUGUCCAGGCGCGUGUGUAUGCCCAGGGAUUGACGCUGGCGGUGUUGGUGGCUUCUGCGGCGUUUGAGAUUAGUGAUCAGAAGAAGGGGAAGGGGAUUUUGAAGAAGAAGUUGGAGGAGCAGGAGGCUGCGGGUAAGGGUCAGGUUAUUGCGGAAGAGCCUGUCAGGCAGCAUCAGCAACAGAAUGAGGGCGAGGGCGAUUUGUGGAAGGAUAUGGUUGCUGCUGAGGAGGAGAGGUUGAAGAAGAAACAUCAGAGUGUUUGGGAACAUCCGGAGUUGCAUAAGGAGGGUCAGCAGCAGCAGCAGCACGCUAAGGAGGUUAAGGAGGUCAAGGAGGAGAAGAAGGAGCAGCAGUGA